CAUAUAUCCUAUCAGAGCCUAGUAGUAUAGCUUUCUAACAGUUUGCAAUAAUCAGUUGUUUCUUGUGUAAAAUCGGCUGGUGAAAAUGCUAUCGAAGUGUUGUGUAUAAUUGUGCGAAAUGGAAUCCAAAUGAUAUUUGUAAACACUCUGUCCAAAAUGUUCUGAAUGUUGAGAAUUUAACGUUGAAUAAGUGUUCACAUUUCUUGUAAGAAAACUGCAGUGUUAUACCUGACUGGAAAUGACAGUGUUGGCUAAUUUGAAAGCGUUUAAUAUCAGUGAUUAUGUCUUUUCAACAGAGGAUCACCAUGGUUAAAUGAAUUGAAAUCUAAGUAUUUAUGUCUUCAGUUCAUCAACUAUCUUUUUUGAAAAACUACAGAAAUGAUUUUAGUGAUACAUGUGAAUCAGUUGCGGUUCCCAACAUCAAUCGAAGGAUUCAAUGAACAAUAUAAAAAUGAGUUGAGGCUUCACUUGAUUACACAAAUCAUUGGGUAUUUGAAAUGAUUGUCUAAAUGAAUACUCGAAUGUAGUGUGAAGUGAAUGGUGCUGAGUUUGAUUCCUCGACGUGUUCUUACUACGACAAAACGUGUGUCUGAGAUUGAAGUAUAAUCAUCAAUAUUCAACUGAUUUCUUCGUAAAAUAACUCCGAAAUCUACCGUUUUGAUUUUUGAUUUACUGGCUGAUCAUCUGUCACAUUCAAAACUAAGAGCGAUGUCAACCAUAAUUUUAAGAGUGAUCAUCACUGUGUACGUAUUAAAAUAUUCAGUAAAUCUUGAUAUUGAUGGCUUCUAAAAAGGUGCAAAUUACUUGUUAUACGUUAUGAAGAAACCAAAAUUUCGAGUGUCUUUUUCCUUUCAAGAUUUUUUGGAUCAUGAAAUACCUGUUCCUGCAAAAUGGAUCAAAAGUGGCACGUUGGUGGAGUUUGAAGUCAUCGGAAAAAAUUGUUGGAACUUCAAUACAAGUGAAGCAUGCCAAGGAGCGACCACACCGAAUAUGAGAUGUAUUUGGUGUCCAAAAGUGAACAAAUGUAUAGAAAGUAAUGAUGAUGACACUCAUGGACUGAAAGUAAAUGACUGCCGUGUUGAGAAUAUGAUCACCGAAGCAACGUAG